AUGGAUUGGGACGUGGAGAUGGAAGACACGCCUCAGAUGGGCAGGGACCAUUCUAACUACCACGACGAGAUUCGUCCGACCUCCGCCCCUACCCAGGAACAAGUGGCGUCAACUGGCUUACAGCAGCAAGAACACGCCGAGAUCGAUGACAACGUCUUAGUCCCAACUAAGGUUCAUAUUCGCGGCCUCGAUGUCUUGACCACCGAGGACAUCAAGUCAUAUCUUUCGGAGCAUUUUGGCCCCGCCGAUAGGAUCGAAUGGAUCAAUGACACAUCUGCGAAUCUCGUAUUCAAUUCUACGUCUACAGCCCAGGAUGCUCUGGCUUCCUUAAGCGCCAUCGAGAUAGCAGAUCCCACUCAACUCCCCAUUCUUGAAUGCGUCCCGGCCAAGUCCUACACUGCAAAGCCGGAGGUCGAACUGCAAGUUCGCUUUGCCCUCUCAUCCGACAAAAAGAAAGCCGGGGCAUCAUCUAGGAGCCGAUUCUAUCUGCUCCAUCCUGAAUAUGAUCCCGAGGAACGCUUCCGACGUGAGCACACCAACCGAGCAAAAUAUCGCGACCGUGACGGCGCAAGCGGUAGGCGCCGCCGGGACAUGGAGAGGCGGAGAUUAUCCCAAGAAGAUAUCAUCUUCGACGAAAGCUUUUACGAUGACAAAGAACCCGAAGAGACCACUCGUCCCUCUCAUGGACGUAGCCAAACCAAGGAACUUUUCCCCGGGCGGCGCCGCGGGGAUCGCCUCCGUUCCAGGUCAGCGUCACCGUCCAUUGCGGAUGAUCGGUCAAAUCGCAACAGGGCGAGGGCGCUGCAAGUCAAGCAGCAGCUCAUCACAAGGGAGGAUCGCAGAGAACUCUUCCCUUCGAAGAUUUCGACGUCGAGUACCAAACUAGCCCAGUUAGACCAACUCGAGGCCGCUACAAAGGCUACAUCACUCGACAAUACAGCCGCGGACCAUUCGUUGCACAUCCGAGGGAUCGCCUCUCAGGGAGGCCCUUCCGCUGGCUUCACCAUUAAGGGAACUUCAACAGUCAAGGUCAAGGAACUCUUUCCGAACAAAUUCGAUGGCGGUGUUGGCAACGAUCUCUUUGCGGAUAAACUCGAAGGUAGAAAUCGACGGCGGCAAAAGGCUGAGGACUUGUUUCACUGA